AUGAAAUCGACGGGUCCCUUGACCUCUCUCCUCAUCCCGCUCUCCCAUCCUCCCAUCACCUCAUCUCUCCCAUCCUUGCCUUUCAACCUUUCGGGCACUAAGGUGGACAUCUCUGGUUGGCUGGAGGCCUUCGGUGCGCAUCCCAGGAUUGGUGACGUGGCAUCGCUAAAGCGAAAGUUCUCCACACAACAAUGGUCCCAAGGGGAGCAAGCAGCGGCCCUGCAAUCAUCCGAUGACUCAUUCUUCCAGGAGAUGGCGGAGUGCAAUCGCCGCUACGAGCAGCGUUUUGGACACAUCUUCAUCAUCUGCGUCCAGGGCAAGCUUGCUUCGGAAAUAAUCUCCGCGCUUAAGGAGCGCCUGGCAAAUCAACCAAUCUAUGAGGUGCAGCUAGCAGCGAAGGAGCAAGAGAAGAUCACCCAGCUGAGGCUGGAGAAGCUGCUGCUGGAUGCUCCUACGGAUGGCCUUGGCGCUGCAGUCUCCUGCCCUGCAACCCACCGCCUGGCUAGAGUCGCAGCACAUAUCGUACCAUCAGGUGCUCCAGCCACCGCUGUACCCGCUACAAUACCACCCGCUACAGUCACGCCUGCUACAGUCACACCCAGUACAAGCGCCAAGCAUCCGUCCAUCUCCACACAUGUUCUCGACGUGGCUCUGGGCAGACCCGCUGCCGGCAUCAAAGUGCUGCUGGAGCGACAGAUAGAAGCCCGAGGGGAGAGUGAGAGUGGUGGUGUGGGGUUGGGAUGGGAGCGAGUGGGCGAGGGAGUGACAAAUGCUGAUGGCAGGGCUGCUGGGCUGCUUGCCAGGGAUGGAGAUGGGGGAGGAGCGGUGGGAAGCGGUGGGGUAGGAGGUGGAUCGGUGGGAGGUGGGGGGGUGGUAGCUGGAGUUUACCGGCUGAGCUUUGCAACAGGGGAGUAUCUUGGUCGAAUGCGUGGAGCAAGAGAGCGUGGGGACUCACAAGCUGCUGGCACAGGGAGUGGCAGUGGCAGUGGUGGUUGCAGUGGCAAUGGUGGUGGGUUCUUCCCUCAUGUGUCGAUAGUAUUCCGGGUGCUGCCAGAGCAAGAGAGGGAGCACUUCCACGUGCCGCUGCUCCUCUCCCCCUUCUCCUACUCCACCUACCGAGGCAGCUGA